GCAUCAUGUGAGGUGCAUUUAUUGAGCUUCGCCUUCACAGCUUUCAUCUACUUUUUGUUUAAUUGUGCCUUACCUCGUCUCGCGUCUACUCGAUCUAAAUAUACGCCCGCUGCCGUCCGAAAUCCUUGCAGGCUUGCGAUUCGUCUUUCGCACCCUGACUGUCCGAGCGGCUUGUUGGAACGAUAAACGACCCGUCAACAGUCGUAAACGGAUUGUUGGAAUCGUAAACGCCUCGAUUUGGAACUGCGAACGCGCAGUACGAUAUAAGAGUUGGGCUACAAUAGACAAAGGAGCUGGUCCUUCUUCAACCUUUUGACAGUAUCUCAUACACCAGAUACGAUGUACAUUUCAAGCAGUCUUUUCACGGCAACGCUUCUGCUCGCCUCGAGGGUCUCGUGCAUCCCAGUUGACCACAGUCAUGAACAGCUCGCACUAGACCAAGAAAUCGUCCCGAUCGAGACAGAGACAUCCGAAGCUCCUCUCGUUAUCGAUGAUGACGACUUCUCCUCCUUCACGAUUCCUUCGCGGUACGAAUCAACCGUCCUCGGGCGACGAUUGCUUGCGUUGUCAAAGACAGGCGUCCUAACGACCGUAUUUCCCGAGAGUAUCAACUCGACGCGCGUACCGGAGGACGUUGCCCGCACGCCGAUCGGACUGCCCGACUAUAUCGCCUCGUGUGAGGAGCCGACAGGGAAUCCAACGCUGUUGGCGUUGACGGUGUCGACGUCGACCAAGAACGCGCUGGCCGGGUCGAACGUGUCGCUGGCUUUGUCCUGGUGGGACGAGUACGUUCACAUCACGCACAAGCAGCCUUGGUCGGCGGCCAAUUUGCCCCGGCUGAGCAUGACGGGGUACCUUGAAGAGAUGACGGAUGAGGAGGUCAGCAGUGGCGGUAUUGCUGCCUGUUUUACAAAGGCCCAUGUGGACAGUGUCAUGUGGUUGCCGGGGAAGAAGUGGGCGGCGCAUAAAGGUGUGUGGAUGAGGAUGGUUGUGAGGGAGGUCUAUUGGAUUGGCGGCUUCGGAGAUCGGGCUUACAUUGGUUGGUUUGACCCUGAGGAGUGGCAUGGUGUAAAGGUCGACGAGUGGUCGGAGGUGAGACUGCCUGGGGAGAAUUGAGGGCGACAUAGAUUGGCGUGAGAUGAGAGCUGCCAGACUAGUGCUGAGUCGUUGUAGUCGUUGGUGUUUGCCUAGCAUGAUGGUUUAACCCGAUAGCGGUUCGAAUCUCAACCUGCUUAAACGCACUAUUGUGUACGUCCGAACGUGCAUGAAGCCCUUGGGGU